AUGGGAAAAGGAACGGAUAAGCUCUACAUCACACAUUCUGAGUGGGCAUCGGAAGAUGCCUUCUCUGCCAGUGCGGGCGCUGGCGUUGGAAAGGCUCGAAGGGGAGGUCCUCAGGCAACAUUUAAGCGUCUCCCCUUCAAUUUCUGUUCUCUCUCCCUUCAACCCUUUGCGCACCCCGUUUGCACCCACUCAGGAAUCAUCUUCGACCUGACCAAUAUUCUUCCGUGGAUUAAAAAGCAUGGGACAAAUCCGGUAGAUGGGACGCCGCUAAAGGGUUCUGAUCUGAUCAAGCUCACGAUUGCGAAAAACGAAGAGGGCGACUACGUCGACCCAGUGACCUACAAGGUUCUAACGGAUAACACACACAUUGUCGCGCUGCGCAAUAGUGGCAAUGUAUUUGCUUGGGACACCGUUGAGCGCCUCAAUAUAAAGGGAAAAAUGUGGCGAGACCUCGUUACGGAUGAAGAGUUCACUCGCAAAGAUAUCAUCACCUUGCAGGACCCGCAAAACAUUGAAUCUCGCAACCUCAGCUCAUUCAACUAUCUGAAGGAGGGUCAGACAGAAUUUCUGGAAGAGCAACAAGCAGCUGCCAGUGUCAACACUAAUGCGCUGGGGAGCUCGGCAAAAAUAUUGAAGGCGAAAGAGGCCGUUGCAAAAGCACGUGCUGAGAGGGCACAGCAGCAGGCUGGUGCCGCAGCCUCAAAAGCACUUUCAAAGACAGGAGGUACAAAUGCGGCUGUCAAGUCUGGGGCAAUUCAACCAGGAAAGCCUACCCCUUACAAUGCUGCCAAGUUCACUACCGGAAAAGCAGCAGCUUCUUUCACCAGUACUGGACUUACCCCACACACAUCCGCUGAGCUCGCGCUUCUAUCAGAAGAAGAGUACAUGCUGAAGCGAGGGCGAGUGAAGGCCAAGGCCUAUGCUCGAAUUGUCACCACUGCAGGACAUCUGAACCUGGAGUUGUACCCUGAGUACGCUCCCAAAACCGUGUGGAACUUUAUUCAAUUGGCCAAGAAGGGCUACUAUAAGGAUGUAACUUUCCAUCGCAAUAUCAAGGGGUUCAUGCUUCAGGGCGGAGAUCCCACUGGUACAGGAAGAGGUGGCGAGAGCAUUUGGGGCAAAUAUUUCUCCGAUGAGUUUGAGGGGCCUCUGAAGCAUGAUGGACGAGGCACAUUGAGUAUGGCCAACAAGGGCAAAAACACAAACAGCAGUCAAUUUUUCUUUGCAUACCGAGCUUUGCCUCAUCUUGACCGCAAACAUACUGUAUUUGGGCGGUUGAUCGACGAUCCAACCCCAUCAUCCACCACUUUGAACACAUUGGAAACACAUCCAGUUGACUCAAAUACCAAUCGACCUACCCCUGAAGUCCGCAUCAAAGAUAUAACCAUUUUUGUGGAUCCAUUCGAGGAUUUCCUGAAACAAAAGCGUGCUGAGGAAGCUAAGGGAGGCUCUGCUAGUGCUGCUGAUGAAGAGGCCACUCAACAAGUUGAUGAUGACCGUAUGACCUGGACUGGCAAACGUGUCAGAGGUCCUGGUGCUGAAUCCACUGACAGUGCUGCUGGUGGAGUUGGGAAAUACCUCAAGGCUGCAUUGGCCGACCGUGGCGAAGAAGAUGAGAUUGUGGAAUAUGUUGAUGAGGAACCCAUCCCAGAGCCUGCUCGCAAGAAGACAAAAUCUUCAAGUGGGUUUGGAGAUUUUAGUUCAUGGUAA